CUUCUUGCCUGCACCACCAUGUCUUCCCAAUCUCCGUCUCAACCACCUCCCUUCUCCGAGUUCGAGUAUGUAUUUGACCCGGCUCUAUCAGCUUUAUCUCCUCCGCCUCUUCCCAUCCCGUCAUCUGCAGACCUCUUCUCUCCAUCCGAAACAACUGAUCUCUUAGGAUUCCUAGACAAUUUUAAUUGGGAUUUCGAAGCAGAUUCCACUUUCACUGCGCCCUAUCAUAUGCCGCAAGGCGCGCGUGAUAUGGAUAAUUCGGGAGAAACUGUGUCACCGAUACUUCAAGAGCAACCUGAAAUACCAUCAGAUAUAUCCAAUGCUAGACCUUCAUCUUCUUCAUCCGCGACUUCGUCACUUCCCUCAAAACCAGACUCCAGAGGUGCAAGUGCAAAGCGCAAGAGAGCUUCUGCAUCAUCGUGCCAGACGGGCAGAUCAAAAGUCCUCCUCUCAACCCCCCAGAAAAGACUCAAUCACAUCAUGUCAGAGCAAAAGCGUCGCAAUGUUAUUCGUGAGGGCUACGCGCAGUUGAUAUCCCUUCUCGCCCCAGCCGGAGCACAGGCUAUUGAUAUGCCCACUAGGGGUAGGCCCAAGGGCAGCGGGAGCAGGGGGAAGGGGCACAGCAAAGGCAAGAGUGGAGUGCUCUUUCGAGCAGUCGAGUACUGUCGGUGGCUUGAGGAAGGGAGGGAUGCUUUGAUGGAUGAAGUACUUCGUCUAGAAGCUGCCGCAGGAAUUGUCUACCCGUCGAGGUAGUAAUGGGCAUACAUCCGCUUCAUCAAGACAAGUUUCUGAAACUGCAGUGAGUAUCCUGGCCUCUAUGUGUCCGGAUCUCAUCAGUCUUCCAGAAUACAGGAAAUGUUUUCUCUUGUCCACUGCCAGUCCAGGGCUACAGAGCCCCAGCUGCUCCAUAAUCAUGUCCGCAGACUUCCCAAAGUUGCACUUAUUUAAACGCAUGCCUAGUCGAAAAUUUCGACAUGUAUCAAGAAUUGUAUUUUCCCGUAAUUUUUGUGUUUUCAACGUAUUGGUGUAUUAAAAAUACUCGCGGUUUCUAUUUCUGUAGGAACACGUAUUGAAUUGCCAGGCAACAAUUUCCUGUCCUGCUACUGUCUCAUCCGCUGG